AUAUGUGUGUAUGUGUGUAGCUGUGUGUGCGCGCGCAGAGGGAGGGAGGUUUGAUGCGCGCCGCUGAGAGUCGAAGGGUCGGUGGGAAGAAGCGAGCCGUUCUUCUUCCCACCCCCACCUCUCCCCCGUCCUCUCACCAGUCGCCUCUUGAGCCGAGCGGGCACAUGGGGGUGGGGAGUUCGUGCCCUAGCUCGGUUUGGCUGCUCUAGAGCGGCGCGAAGAGCCUUCCCUUCCGGUGCAAUAUGUUCAAAAGAAUGGCUGAGUUCGGGCCUGACUCUGGAGGGAGAGUGAAGGGUGUAACUAUUGUAAAACCUAUAGUUUAUGGGAAUGUUGCACGCUAUUUUGGGAAGAAACGAGAAGAAGAUGGUCACACUCAUCAAUGGACAGUUUAUGUUAAGCCUUACAGAAAUGAGGAUAUGUCUGCAUAUGUAAAGAAAAUCCAGUUUAAGUUACAUGAAAGCUAUGGAAAUCCAUUGAGAGUUGUAACUAAACCUCCAUAUGAAAUAACUGAAACAGGCUGGGGUGAAUUUGAAAUUAUCAUCAAAAUAUUUUUUAUCGACCCUAAUGAAAGACCUGUAACCCUGUAUCACUUGCUGAAGCUGUUUCAAUCUGACACUAAUGCAAUGUUGGGGAAGAAGACCGUAGUUUCAGAAUUUUAUGAUGAGAUGAUUUUUCAGGAUCCUACUGCUAUGAUGCAGCAAUUGCUGACUACAUCCCGUCAGUUAACACUUGGGGCUUAUAAGCAUGAAACAGAGUUUGCCAAUGUAGAGGUGAAAACUCGUGAGAAGCUGGAAGCUGCUAAGAAGAAAACCAGUUUUGAGAUAGCUGAACUUAAAGAAAGGUUAAAAGCAAGUCGAGAAACUAUAAAUUGCUUGAAAAAUGAAAUCAGGAAGCUUGAAGAUGAUGAUCAGUCAAAAGAUAUAUAACACAUGCCUGUUCUUUUAAAGACUGAAGAUGGAACUGUUUGAUAAAAAAUUAGCUACAAUUCAGUGAAGCAACUUCAUACUAGAGUUUCAAAGGAGAUGUAUAUGUGAGUGCGUGCACUUGUGUGUUACAUUCAGUAUGUGACAUUUCAUUCAUUCAGUGUUUUAAAAUAAAGAUUAUUUUCAUAGUUUAAA